AUGGGGGGUCCCACUCCAUCCCUCAUUUCUCCUUUCCACCUUCGCUUUCCGAUUUCCUCUGCCUCCCUGUCAACUCUCCGCGCUCCUCCCCAAACCUUCCGUGAUACCGACCGUGGUGUUAGCAUGGCGACCAGUAGGAGAGCACUGCCUGCGACUGAAUUCCCCCUCCAGGUGCCAGUGGGCGUCGGUGGGUACGUGGUGACGCUGGAGAUGAAGGACUACGAAGUCCUUCGCGACGAGAAGGCCGAGUUCACAGAAACUUGCUUCGACCUCGGCCUCGCGUACGAGCUCGAUCGUCUGGGAAAAGGCGACAGCAUGAUCCUGAUCCGCGGUGCGAGUCUUCGCGCCGCCAGGACGGCGUCGAAGGCGGACUAUCUGGUUUUCGGGUCGGCCUUCGGCUUCGAAGCCCUCGCCAUCCCCCUGUGCACCGGGGGCGGACCUCUUCCCGGCAGGCACUGCAGCGUCCUGCUUGUUGUGCGCCCUGGCGACCUGCUUUUGCCCGACGAGGAGGAGAUCGGGACGUUCUACCGCCACCUCGACCCCAAGACCUCCUCCAAGCGGCACGAGGAGGAGGCGGCCAACGUUAUGAGAUUUUUCGCCGAGUGCGCGAAGGCGGAGUUGAACCGUGAGGGAAGGCAGUGGACGGCUGCGCCUCCUUCCGCCGAAAUCCUCUCCGAACGUCUGGAGAGUCUUGCCGCCCCCAUCCGUGAUGUGAGUUUCCAACGUCCAUGUCGCCUUGUCGCCUGGGCUAUCGUCGUCGAGGCGUCGACUCACCCUUUUCGUCGGCGCCAUGUGCUUCGGAUGUUGAUGCAGAAUUUGCCCGACAUCCUCAAGGAGGAGGUCGCCGGCUCGGGGCUGUUGGCGGUCAACGCGUUCGCGUGGUCUUUGGAGCAUCUCGACGACGUGUUUCGCAGCUACGAUCCGCUCAUCGUCGAGAACCCGAAGAUGGUCGGCUUGAAGGCGCUCCGACUGGAGCUGCUGCACCACGCGGAGAAGGCCGCGUCGAACAGAGGGGAGGCGGCGUCGACCGUGGCCCGUGGCGUCGAAACCGGCAUCGCUAUGGGUGGGGAGGAGGAGCACGAGAGGGAGGACGUUGAGGGGGGCGGGGAGCACGACGGUGGCUCGGAAGAAGAGGAGGAGGACGUGGAGCGUGAGGAGGACGACGUGGUUGUCACCGGCGAAGAGGAGGCAGUGCAGUUCGCCGGUGAGAAGGUUGCGGAUAUGGGCGGCGGCAGCGGACCCAAGUUGGGCAAGAAGGCCCGGGGCAGCAGUGGCUCGACCCCGCCUAGGAUGGUGUCAAAGGCGGCUAUCAAGCGUCUGAAGGCGGCGGAGAGGGAGAUCAAGAAGCUGAGGGAGGAGAAGCUGGUGGCGGAAAAGAGGCUGGAGUUCCAAACGGCCCGGAAUGACACGAUUUACGGCGUGGUCACCUCGGCCGUGAACAAGCUCACUACAGUCGCCGAGGGCGUGACCCAUCUCGAGCAGACGUCGGGGAGGAGCAUCCAAACGGCGGUGGACGCUGUGAGGGCGGUCGUGCAGGAGGCGGUGAGCUAUCGCGGCUCCACCCUCGAAUUCAUGAACACGCAGUGGAUGCCCACCGUGCAGGCCCUGCACUUGACGGCUACUGCUGCACAGGGUAGGCGACGGGAGGACGACCUCUUGCUGCUUCGAGGUGUGGCAGAUUCUCUCGGCCAGAACAUCAAAACAGUCGUGUCUGCCGAGGUGAAGGCCGCCAUGGAGGGCGAGGCGCAGCGGAUCGCCGCUGCCGUGACUGCGAAGGUCGUCCAAGAGCUUAGGGACGACCUGGUGAAGGCGGUCACCUCCGCGACCCAACAGGGCAUUGGCACCGCCGGGUUUAGCCUCCUCCCAACUGCUUUCGCGUCGGUGAUGCACGGCGGUCGCGCAACCGCCGAGGAGAGUGGGCCGGCCCCAAGGCAGUCGGGGAAAAGGGUCGCCGACGAAAAAUCCCUGACCGGCGACCAGACCAGCGGCUCUAAGCGAAGCAGAGGACCUGCGGUGAAACGCGGUGUGGGCGUGGAUCCUCCUGCCCCUCCGUAUGUUCGUAUCCCCGGCGUCCACGACUUGCUGAAAGAUGGACUUGGCGCGCGACCGAGCGAACAUUUUCGACAGGUCGACGUCGCGCUCGAGGAUCCUCAGUCGGUGGUCGGGAAGACCGGUGGGCAGCCCGUGGGGGACAAGCAGCCACAGGCCCCGACCGAUCCGCCGAGCGCACACGACGCGCCACCGAGCUGCGAGCAGGUGGUCGACCAAGGAGCAGAGGCAGCGAACGUCGCGGCGGCGACUGCAGGGCCGAGUGGCUCAACGGUGGAGGCGGCUGUGUGGAGAGCGGCGGAAGAGGCCGGCGGGGUGGACGAAGAGAUCCUCGCCAGCAUCGUGAUGCCGGACCCGGAAAUCGAGGUCAUGCGGGAGAAACUACAAGCAGCAGCUCCCACCGUGGGAGCGCAACAGGGUGCACCAGCCGCCUCGACUGCUCCUGCGGAGGACCAUAGCGCGGCUGGCGCCAAAUCUCCCCCGGCCACAACCGGUGAGGUCGGCGAUGGGAAGCAGAGGCGCAAGGGCAAGGACAAGGCGAAGGGCGGCCCGCCGAAGGUCGGCUCUUCCAAGGGGACGUCCAAAGCGGCCGCGCAGGGUCGGAAGGGUUCAGGCGUCCGCGUUGACCCUUCAACUAGGCUGACCGUCUCGGAGAUGAAGUUAGGGAAGAAGAGCCGUUACAUCUGCCGGUCGAUGGACAAGUCCGAGGCCGCCUACUGCAUCGCUGUCGCCGUUUCGUCGUUUGACGGCUUCGUCAGCGACGUGGUUCUCGACGAGUUCGGUGGGGUCAAGGAGGAAGUGAUGGCGCAGUAUAAGGCGGACUGGAAUGUGGUCGCGGAAUACAACAGGAUAACCGGAGCCGACCGCGCAGCUCUCAUGUUGGCUCUUCGCCCGGCGGUGUGGUUCGGCGACCUUCCGGAGUCGACCGAGCCCGAGAAGGCCGCGAAGAAGAAGGUGGCGAGCGACAUGAUCGCACGCGUUUCGAUGUGUGCCGCCUUCGCACCUGUGGCCGCGAAAGUGUUGCCCAUUCCGGGCGUCGGGUCGGAGCGGUUGUCCGAGAUCCUCGCCGGUACUGCGGCCGCGGUGUGGUGUUUUUCGGAGACCAAUGCGACGGCGGAAGUAGCGGCCGGCGAAGGGGGGGCGGCAGCGACCGUGCGCGGAGCGUCCAACGAGUUCGCGAGUCGGUGUCGGACCGUCAUCGAGGCGGUGCUUAAGCGGGCGGCCUCCCGGGAGGUCGUCGUAGGGGAGGUCACCGAAACGGUGACGAAGGACCUGCAGGCGGCUAUGCUGAGGUCGCUGCCUGAGGUCGGAGAGGAGCGCGAGCACGACGAGCUGAUCGCCCGUGUCAUGAUAGAGAACCUCGCCUUCUGGGGGGACUGCAAUGUCGGAGGCCCGAAGCUCAAGGCUCGCGGCGUCGAUUUGCCUAUCGACCCCCAGAUGAAGGUUAUCAUUCGGGACAGGGGGGCGAGGGGGCAGCAGCACAAAGGGAAGCAGGUCGCCGACGCCUAG